AUGGCAUCUUGGAAGAACGGAUUGAGCGAGAUCGAGCGUGAGAUGUUCGCCUUUAGCGAGUCCGUUGGACUGGUUCCGUACGCGGGCACCCCGACGGAACGGGAGCGCGGCGUCGAUGAGCGCGACGACUCUCCGCCCGAUCCUGGCCCUGAUCCAGACGCAUGGCGACUUACCACCACGGCAUGGUGCUCGUGCAAAAGGUGCAGCAUCAUGCCGACAUCACGAGAGUGUGUCUGUUGCCGCGAAAUACCGCCUGCAGUCGUUACUCAGCCCGUGGGCUGCGUGACCGAGCACCCAGACUAUGCGGCGAUUUGUCUUCAGACUGGCGUGCUGCGUGUUGCCUUUUGGGCGCUGGAGGAGGCAGGGGAUCACCCGGCGCGUGGGGUAGAGAAGUGCGUAUUUCGAUGCGUUUCGUGGCUUACAGACAAUUCGCUCGAUGGAUGUGGAACAGACUGGGACGUCGCAACAGGCGUGUCCUUCCAGCCUGUGUUGUCGGGAGGAUCCGGGAGGAAUUCCCAUCAGAAGCCUUCACUGGGUUUCUAACUGCACAAUAAAACUGUACUCCACCUCACCUAAAUGCU